UUUUUUUUUUUUUGGGAGAGGAGAAACAUUAGGACAACAGCUCCAUUUAAGAGGCCGCUGAAGAGUCGGACAUUACACUCCGUCACUUUUCCGCUCCACCAUCACACUCCCCUUGAUCAGGUUUCAACCAUCACUGUUUUGCCCCUCCUUUUAGAGCUUCCAACAGGUCUAUCCGGGUCUGUGACGAAAUACCUUUGUCCGAUCCUGAUCUCGUCUUCCAUCUAUCUCAUCAUCCCUUGAAGUGGUUUUGUACUCGACCUCAUCGCUGGGAAGGUCGACCCUCUUCAAUUCCAACAUGGAGUCCGCCAAGCAACCCGUCGAUCCCCCCAAGAAGCGCCGCAUUGGUGUCCUCACCUCCGGAGGUGAUGCGCCCGGUAUGAACGGCGCCGUGCGGGCCGUUGUCCGUAUGGCUCUGCACUCCGACUGCGAGGCCUACGCCGUCUUCGAAGGCUACGAGGGCCUGGUCAAUGGCGGCAACAUGAUCCGCCAGAUGCAUUGGGAGGACGUGCGCGGCUGGCUGUCCCGCGGUGGCACACUGAUCGGUUCUGCUCGAAGCAUGGCCUUCCGAGAGCGCGCUGGCCGACUGCGUGCCGCUAAGAACAUGAUCCUGCGAGGAAUUGAUGCCCUCGUCGUCUGCGGUGGUGAUGGUAGCUUGACUGGUGCCGAUGUUUUCCGCGCCGAAUGGCCGACUCUGCUGUCGGACCUCAUUGCGGCAGGCGAAUUGACCGAGGAGCAGGUUCAGCCCUACAAGGUCCUGAACAUUGUCGGUCUGGUCGGUUCCAUUGAUAACGACAUGUCCGGUACCGACGCUACCAUCGGCUGUUACUCGUCUUUGACUCGCAUUUGUGAUGCGGUUGAUGAUGUGUUCGACACUGCGUUCUCGCACCAGCGAGGCUUCGUCAUUGAAGUGAUGGGUCGCCACUGUGGGUGGCUGGCUCUCAUGUCCGCCAUUAGUACUGGUGCAGACUGGCUGUUCAUUCCUGAGAUUCCCCCUCGGGACGGCUGGGAGGAUGACAUGUGCUCCAUCAUUACCAAGAACCGCAAGGAGCGUGGCAAGCGCCGCACGAUCGUUAUUGUCGCCGAGGGAGCGCAGGAUCGCCAACUCAACAAGAUUUCGAGCUCCAAGAUCAAGGAUAUUCUCACGCAACGCCUGGGCCUGGAUACCCGAACCACCGUUUUGGGUCACACCCAGAGAGGUGGUGCGGCUUGCGCCUACGACCGCUGGCUCUCCACUCUGCAGGGUGUUGAGGCCGUUCGUGCCGUUCUGGAGAUGACGCCCACUUCCCCAUCGCCCGUUAUCACCAUCCGCGAGAACAAGAUCAUGCGAACCCCUCUCAUGGAGGCAGUUCAGGCCACCAAAGACGUCACCGCAAAGAUCCACGCGAAGGACUUUGCGGCCGCCAUGACUCUGCGGGAUGCGGAGUUCAAGGAAUACUACCACGCUUACCUGAACACAGCAACCCCGGAUCACCCUAAGAUGAUCCUCCCGGAAGGCAAGAAAAUGCGGAUUGCUAUCAUUCACGUCGGUGCCCCUGCCGGUGGCAUGAACCAAGCCACUCGCGCUGCCGUGGCCUACUGUCUGACCCGUGGACACACUCCUAUUGCGAUCCACAACGGCUUCCCGGGUCUCUGCCGCCACCAUGCUGACAAGCCGGUCAGCUCGGUCCGUGAAGUUCGAUGGCUCGAGUCUGACAGCUGGGUCAACGAAGGUGGUUCCGACAUUGGUACCAACCGCAGCCUGCCCUCCGAGGAUAUGGAGGGGACUGCCAAGUGCUUCGAGCUUUACAAGUUCGAUGCGCUCUUCGUUGUUGGUGGCUUUGAGGCGUUCACUGCGGUUAGCCAGCUGCGAAAGGCUCGUGAGAAGUACGAUGCUUUCAAGAUUCCUCUCGUUGUGCUCCCGGCCACCAUUUCCAACAACGUGCCCGGCACCGAGUACUCGCUGGGAAGCGACACCUGCCUGAACACCUUGAUCGACUUCUGCGACGCCAUUCGGCAAUCCGCCUCUUCGUCUCGCCGCCGUGUCUUCGUAAUUGAGACCCAGGGAGGCAAAUCUGGCUACAUUGCGACCACGGCUGGUCUGGCCGUUGGCGCAGUGGCCGUGUACAUUCCCGAGGAAGGCAUUGACAUCAAGAUGCUCUCGCGUGAUAUUGACUUCUUGCGCGACAACUUUAUCCGUGACAAGGGUGCUAACCGUGCGGGCAAGAUCAUUCUUCGUAACGAGUGUGCCUCCAGCACCUACACCACCCAGGUUAUUGCGGACAUGAUCAAGGAGGAGGCCAAAGGCCGCUUCGAGUCGCGAUCGGCCGUUCCUGGUCACUUCCAGCAGGGUGGUAAGCCAUCGCCCAUGGACCGUGUCCGUGCCUUGCGGAUGUCCAUCAAGUGCAUGCAGCAUCUCGAGUCCUACGCUGGUAAGAGCCGGGAUGCCAUUGCCGCGGAUCCCUUGUCGGCUGCUGUCAUUGGUGUCAAGGGCUCUCAGGUUCUGUUCUCACCAAUGGGUGGUGCCGAUGGUCUGGAGGAGACUGAGACUGACUGGGCGCGUCGUCGUCCCAAGUCGGAGUUUUGGCUCGAGUUGCAGGAUGUGGUCAAUGUCCUGUCUGGUCGGUCUACCGCCCGCGCUGUGGAUACCUGGACGAUCUACGAGAAUCCCGCUACGGUUCACAAUGUUCCUGCCGUCCCCAGUUCUCCCUGAAGGAUAUGACUCAUGACUUGGUUUCACCAUUCUUCUGACGGUCACCGGAAAUUAGCGACACCUGACCGUCCUCCACGGAAGCUUCGGCCUUCACUUUGAUACGAAAUCAGCGUUUUUUCCAGACUCGUCACCUCCGCGAGUGACGGGAUCCACUUCAACGUCACUACCAUGGACGCCGCCUUUUAUGUUUGUAUGAUGAUACGCCACGCACCGCCCAGAUGUCAAAUUGAUCUGGGCAACAUCCGGGCAUAAUCGUGAGGGACUACACUUUGCUCCUUACCCUGUCUGUCCCCAAUUUUUGUCUUGUUUUUCUAGAUCCCGGCCCCAAACGUACACACAGCUAUCGCUAUUAGAUCUGCAAAUAAAAAGACGUUUAGCCAAACCUUGCUUUGACUGGGAAUUCCUUAUUCUGAAC